UCCCUUCGUGCUCACUAUUUUACUUUUUGUCAAACAUGUUUGCGCUUGUCUUGUCUCUUUUCUUCCUCAUCGUACUCCUCUUCUCUCUUCUUCUCGCCGGCGGCCGAGAAGCAAGAAGUAAUCCGGCGAUCCGAAAGCUUCCGCCCGGCCCUACGAAGCUCCCAGUCAUCGGCAACCUCCACCAGAUACGUGGCAAUCUGCUGCACCAGUCCCUAUGGGAAAUGUCCAAGCAGUACGGCCCGCUCAUGCACCUAAAGCUCGGCCAAGUCUCCGCCGUCGUCGUCUCCUCCGCAGCCCUCGCCAGGGACGUCCUCAAGACGUUUGACCUCGAUUGUUGCUCUCGCCCCCACAACGUCGCCACCGCCGUGCUCACCUACGGCGACUCAGACAUCGGCUUCAUGCCUUACGGCGAGCGCUGGAGGCAGCUACGCAAGCUCUGCACCGUCGAAUUCUUCAGCACUAGAAAGAUCAACUCUUUCACGUCCGUAAGGGAAGAUGAAAUCGCGAGGAUGGUGAAGCAUAUCUCUUCUCUCAUCUCUGGCUCCCUCGCCGUCAACGUGAGUGAGCUCUCCUUGUACUUCACCUGCAACACGACAUGCAGGACAGCCUUCGGUCGAGACAUCGCCGGAGACGACCUCAACGUUUACGACGUGCUCAGGGAAUCGCAGGAAGUGGUGGCUAGCUUCUUCAUGGCAGAUUACUUUCCCCUGCUCGGGUGGGUCGUCGAUGUGGUGACGGGGAUGAAAUCCAGACUUCGGAAAUCGUUUCUUGAGCUCGACGGCAUCUACCAGAAAUUCAUCGAUUGUCACCUCGACGUGAAGAGUCGAUCAGGAAGUGAAGAGAAUGAGGAUUUAUUAGAUGUUCUGCUUCGGUUGCGGAAGGAUGAGCAGCUGACAGAGGAGAACCUCAAAGGAGUUCUUACGGAUAUUUUCAUCGCCGGAACCGAUACCUCGUCAGCGGUGGUCGAAUGGGCGAUGGCGGAGCUCAUCCGGCGGCCAGAGUUGAUGAAGAGAGCUCAAGAGGAAGUGAGAAGAUGUGUGGGGAGAAGCAAAGGAAAGGUGGAGGAGAGUGACCUGCACCAGCUUCACUUUCUCAAAUGCAUCGUCAAGGAGACGAUGAGGCUGCACCCACCGGCACCCAUGCUCCUCCAUCGGGAAACCAUGCACCCAGUGACUUUAAGCGACGGGUACCAAAUUCCUCCCAAGACGACGAUCUACAUGAACGCAUGGGCGAUUGGCAGGGAUCCGGAUGCGUGGGAGAGACCGGAGGCGUUCGACCCAGAGAGGUUUGUGAACAUGGCUUCACCGUCUGUGGACUCGUUUGCACACUAUGACUUCAAGCUGAUUCCGUUCGGCGAGGGGCGGAGGAUUUGCCCGGGGAAGAAUCUGGGGAUUUUGAUGGCGGAGGUGGCGCUAGCCAACCUCUUGUACUCUUUCGACUGGCAGUUGCCGCCGGGAAUGAAGGAGGAGGACGUGAGCAUGGAAGAAGCGCCGGGGGUCACUGUGCACAGGAAGCAUGAUCUGUGUUUGAUGGCCGCAAAUUCUGAGGCAAACUAAGCAUGUUGUUCAUCUCCAAUACACUAAUUAAUGGAACUGAACAAUAAGACAGUACCAUAAUAAGAUAUUAUUGUCAUAGUGUGUACUAUCUUGUAAUUUUACCUACCGAAUAUAGCUAGUUUAUGUACUAUUCCUGUUUGA